AUGAGCAACUUUGCGCAGAUCCUGAAGGAGAUCGGGGAAUUUGGUUUAUAUCAGAAACGUCUGGUGGCUGCAUUAUGCAUCCCCAGCAUAUUUGUAGCGUUUGAUGUGAUUGGCCAAGUGUUUACAGGCAUGAGCUUCCCACAUCACUGCAACACCGACUGGAUCCUGGAGCGUGGACCCAACCUGACAGAGGACAGGCAAAAGAAUCUCACCAUCCCUAUGAACCAGGAUGGAGGGUUUGAAAGCUGUGAAAUGUUCACACCAGUGGAUCUGGCAUUGGAAAUCAUUGAAAAAUAUGGAAUUAAUGCCACAACGGGAUGCAUAAAUGGAUCGGAUUUUGAGGCCCCCGAAGGUGCCUCCAGCAUCGUGACUCAGUUUAACCUGGUGUGUGACAGGAGCAGUUUCAUUGAGGCCUCACAGUCCAUCUACAUGGCUGGUCUUCUGGUCGGAGCAUUGCUGAUGGGGCAGUUGGCUGACAGGUUUGGUCGACGCUUUGUCGUCCUGCUUUCACUCCUUCUCCUGCUGUUGUUUGGUGUGGGUGCUGGUUUCUCACCCAACAUCUAUGUUUAUAUAGUUCUCAAAUUUUUAGGUGGCAUCUCAAUUUCAGGCAUUAUUGCUAAUGCAUUUGUGAUAGGUGGAGAAUGGAGUGAUUCUUCCAAGUUUGCUCUCUGCACCAUUCUCUGCCACUCUUUUUUCCCUCUUGGACUGAUGAUGUUGUCUGGCCUUGCCUACUUCAUCCGCAACUGGAGGAUCCUGCAGCUGGUGCUCUUCAGCCCUCUUGUCCUCGUCGUGGGAAUCUUCUACAUGAUUCUCCCAGAAUCGGCUCGCUGGCUCAUUACUCAGGGCAGGAAGGACGAGGCCAUAAAGGCAAUCAGGAGGGCGGCCAAGGUGAACAAGAGAACCGUCCCAGAAAAUCUGCUAGACAAGCUGGAGCUUGAGGAUACGUCCAAAAGAGGAAGCAUUCUGGACAUCUUCAGGAUCUCAUAUCUGAGAAAACGUGCUUUCAUAAUGAGCUGCGUCUGGUUUGGAACUAGUCUGAUGUACUAUGGACUGAGCCUGAAUGUUGGCAACUUUGGUCUGGAUAUUUACCUCACGCAGUUCAUCUUUGGCGUGGUAGAAUUACCCGCACGUCUGGGCAGCUUGCCUUUCCUCCAGCGCUUUGGGAGGAAAAUCUGUCAAGCAGGGGUGCUGUUUUUCGGAGGGGUUGCCUGCCUUGGGAUUAUUGCUAUACCAAGAGACCUUCCUGUAGUGGUAACAAUCAUCGCCGUGCUGGGGAAAUUUGCUGCUACUGCCAGUUUUUCGACAGUUUAUGUUUAUACUGCAGAAUUAUAUCCAACUGCUCUAAGGCAGAACGGUGUAGGUCUGAACUCCAUGUUCGCUCGAGUCGCCGGCAUCCUCGCUCCUCUGAUCAGACUCCUGGAUGUCUACCAUUACGCCAUCCCCAUGGCGAUAUACGGCGUCGUUCCCAUUGUUGCUGGGGGUUUCUGCUUCCUACUGCCCGAAACCCGCAAUUCUGAACUUCAGGACCACGUUGAAGAGACAGAACCUAAGGAUGCGAUGAUUGAGACCAAAUCCUUUACUGAGGAGGUGAAAUCAGGAAAGAGUACAAAAAUGUAGUUUAUGUGGAUGUACAGGUUUUAACAAUUUCAAUACUGCGCUUCCUCACAGCUGCUACAGUGAUAAAAGUAAUUGGUUUGUAUGCAGACCUUCAAUCACAUUUAACCUGUAAAUUAUUACACAAAAUAUAUAUUUUUUGUAGUUACAUUCUAACAGACUGUAACUACAAAAUAGUUUUUUGUAGUUACAAUCUGUUAACCAUUAGAUUCAUUUGUACAAAAGCUAUGUGCUGUUUGUGUGUGUAUUUAUAUGCACUGUAUAUUUGCUUGUCUUCUCUCAUUUUAGUUGCUGGGUAACAGUAUGAGUGUUUUUAUUUUCCCAAUAAAUAAAUGAAUAAAAUGCA